AUGUCUAGCGAGGAUUACUCUUACGUCGAACAAGAUACGAAUGAUUCAACCAAUCAAGGCGGUCUUCCGACCUACGAUGACCUUGCCGCUCAAAAUGGGCCCAAUUCAAGAUUCGGACGCUGGAGAGGCUGGAUAGAGAAAAGAGCAGCUGAACGUUAUACGGAUAUAUCUCGAGAAGAACGUUCAAGGCGACGUGAACGAGGCUGGGGCAAUGAUGAGAUCUAUGGCUCAGAAAGCUUCACCGAAUUUCCGGCUAUUCCGACGAUAAUCAAUGAACCACCUACACCUUCUCCGUUAGCUUUACAUAUUCAGACAAGUGAUCUACAUAAUCUUCAUAUAUCCCAGCAAACACGAAACACCCUAUCUCCCCCACUUCCUCCGCUUCCUUCUGUGAGCUUGAAGCUUCAUCCUACUCAUUUACGAAUGCACCAGUUUGGAUCGAGAUUUAUCCCUCACACUACUUCUCCAAUUCGUUGUGUGCUAUCGAUAAUGGAAGGGAAGCUACUGUUGAUCGGUCAUGACGAAGGUCUUUCGGUGCUUGACAUGUACCCGCGUUCUGAAGCAGCAGCAGGAAUAAGUAUUAAAGGGCCCGAGGAAGCACAAGCCCGUUCGAUAUGGACUGGUGAAGGGGUAUUUCAGAUGUCCCUACUUGAAAUGGAGAACGAUGCCCGGGGGACUCCGCAGGGUGUUGUGUUAGCUCUCGUCGGCCCAGAAAUAGAUUCACCGUCAAUGUCUAGUAAAGAUUCAGAAUCUCCUAGGGUGCUUCGAAUGUACAACCUGACUAGUUUGAUCAGCUUGGCUAAAUGGGCCAUAAACCAAAAGGGCGCACGUCCAUUGGAUUUGCGAAGACCGGCCAACUGGCACUCUCAACACCAAACACCUCCGAAGAGGCAUCGGCCACAGCAUAGUAUCGCUCGUGGUUUGAAAAAUCUCAUCGAUUCCCCUAAUAAUCACCAUGUAUCCGACAAUAUUCAAUCUUCAUCGUAUCAGUCAUUGCUGUCGCCAUCACCGUCUAUAGACUCAAACACAACCAGAAGUCGACCGAGUUCCCCCAGAGCAGACUCGUUUGACUCCGCCAGUUGGGACGUGAUUGACGAACUACCUUUGCGAUGGGCAACAGAUUUUGUAUCAUUGGCGACGCCUGGUUCUCGUCUUAGCACCUGCUCAGUCUUGUCCUACGCGUUAUGGUCCAACGAUGACCGACCAAGAUUCCGAGGAGGCCGGCUGCUCGCAAUAGCGACAAAAUCAAACAUACUUAUUUACGAAACUCCCAAAGGUGAACGGGCCUUCCAUUUUCUAAAAGAAUUUUAUACCCCGUUAGUUCCUCGAAGCAUCACCUUCUUCCAACAAAGUGUCUCCGAAAUUGCACGUUCAUUUUCCGAUUCAGGCUACAAGGCUUCGAGUUCCCAUAGACGUACGGAUAGUUCCAUCACUUCUCGAGAUGCGCAUCGUCUUUCAAGUACUUCCGCCAUGACAGUGACUUACGGAACUCAACUCAGUAUCUUUGUGAUAUUCGACAAGAAAUCCGGGUGGAUCCGUCUCGCAGAUUCGGCCGUUGGCGAGGUGGAUUUGCAUGAUGAUAGUCAGUUUGGGCCUACUCCUAGAGAAUCCUCGAGUCCAACUAGCCAUCGUAAAUCUCGUAUAAUAAUGGACACGUCUUCGUUUGGAAAAUGGAUUCCUCCCGCGUUGUGUGAACUGCCAAUGUCUGCACCCGGAGCACCCCUGCAGACGACGAAGGUCAUAUUGCUGACGCGGGGUAGACGAACACAUAUCUUACCCAGUCCCCUUCCUUCUAAUUCUUCCUUACAUAUUCCUCUCCGUAUCGUUUCCUGGAGGAAUAACCCUACCGAUGUUGUCCCUCGGAUUUUCGAAGGGUCAGAACCUGAUAUGGAUGGAUAUUCUACUCCGGCUUAUCUGCAAUUGAUAUCCCUAGGCGAACUUGGUGUUGAAGUACAAGAAUUCUCUCUGCCUUCUCUUCUCACUAAGGGGAAAGGCAAAGCCCGUGCAGAUGAUAUCUUGUACGCAGAACAAGACACCGGCGGAGAUGCUGGAUUCCUGUGCACAGGCGGUCACUGGGAUCGUCAGCGUACCUUUGCCAGCAAUCUCAAUCGCUCGUAUUCUACGUUAAGUACCAAUUCGAGCUUUAGCACAGAUUCAACACAACUCGAACUAGAAAAGGGUUUGUAUUGUUGGUGUCGCAAAGGUUUAGAAGAUUUUCGGGUGUUUUGGCUCGGAGGAUCUUUGACAGCCGACUACGAGGACGAAGAGCAAUAA